UAAAGCAGAACGAAUAAUUCUUCAACUGAAAGUCAAGGGCGCAAAUCAAAGUAAUUUAUUCAAUCAACGCAGUGACCUCCUCCUGCCUGCCUCAUUUUACGGAUCCUAUUAUUAUGCCACAACACAAGUCUGCAUUACAAAAACUGACAAAUGCUGACAUUCAGCAUAAAAUAUUGUCAUGAAGUCUUUUGAAAUUUUACUAAGUUCAUUUCUAACUUUUAACUUAUUUAGCUUUUACUCUGUGCAUGGAAGUAAAGCUGAAAAGCAGCUUAUUCAACAUUUGCUCAACGAUUUGGAACCUCAAGAACGACCUGUUGAAAAUCACAAUGAUACCGUCACGGUCACAAUUGGUCUCUAUAUUUUGAGGAUAGACGAAGUGGUUGCCGAUAUGCACCAUGUCGAUUUAACAGCAUGGCUAAAUCUGGGAUGGCAGGCACAUAACUUACGCUGGGAACCUUCAGAAUUCGAAAACAUUGAUAGCCUAAGACUUGACCCUUAUAAAAUUUGGAUUCCUGACAUUUACAGCUAUACUCAUAUAGGUAUUGACAAAGAUCCGUUUCACAAAACUAAUGUCGUCGUAAAAAAUACCGGAAAGGUGCGAUACAUUCCACCCGCCCAGAUAACAAAUCCUUGUCAUUUAAACGGAAGCAGUUAUCCGUUUGAGAAAUUAAGAUGCGCAAUCAAGUUUGGCUCUUGGACUUGGGACGGAAGCCAUGUUGAUCUCCAGUUGGAGUAUAAUGCAAGUAGUGCGGACAUAAACUCCAUUGUCCAAUCGCCAGAGUGGAACGUUCUUGAAUGUCCUGCAAUCCGAACGGAACAAUAUUAUUCCUGUUGCACUGCGCCUUAUCUGGAUGUCCAGUUUGUAUUGCUACUACAACGGCGUGGCCAAGCAAUUUUGGACGAGGCAAAAUCUUUCAGUUAUUUCGCCUUAGGAUUGCUCUUUAUGAGCUGUUUAUUGGCCCCCUCAAGUGCUUUCACAAUUAUUCUGGUAUUGCUCUCAAUGUUACUCAGCAUUCAUUGUUCGAUGAGAUUCGACCCAAAGUUGGGAAGCACAGAACCCACAGAUCUUGCAAAAUAUUUUGUGAGACUGUCGUAUCUGGGAUUUCUAAUUCUAUUCACAAACAUUAUUUCAUAUCAUAUUUAUUAUAAAACAGGAUCUCUCCCUUUAAAGGUGAAACAGAUGUUAGAUAAACGUCCUCAAGUCGGAUCACUUCGAAUCCGAUUAUCACCUGAAAAUCUGUCUCAAUCGGACAUCCAGCACAAUUACAACGACUUACAAGAACUCACGUUGGCCGACAAUCGACCAAAAAUAUACCAGCAACCCAGAGAUUUUGGCGAAUGGCAACAAUUUGCUUUGUUAGCACACAAAUUUUUAUUUGUUAUUUGGACUCUAGUUCUAAUUAUUUUUGAUUUCUCUGCCUUUCCAACAUACGAAACUUGAAAUAAAAAGUAACAUUUAUUCAAGGUGAA